CUUAAAUUAAAACGCUGUCAUGCCUCUGCUAUUUUGGUGUUCUUGCUACGGUGUUUCUAUGGACUAGAGUGCAUGCAACAAGAGCAGGAAGUGAGUCGAGUGGGAUGGUGGAAAAGACAAUUGGUAGAAAGGGGGACGAACACGCCCGUCCUGAAACUAAAAUAAAGUGAACGGAGUGCCAACAUUACAUGCGCCAACAUCACACAGGGAGACUGCAACAUUCAAUUUCAUCCAGUGCCUGCGCUUACAUAAUCUUCACAAUGACAUUUUUCCAAUGGAAUGGAACGGACUGUAUUCUCAGUUAAUGUUUUGAAUGUUGCCUUUACACCUCUUCAAACAAGCCAAUUUGAUAAUAGCAAGGACAGGUUUGUCCCUCACAGUCAUUCAAACUGGCUCUUGUUGACAUUUCUUAUGAUUAUACUAUACCAUUAUAGCUAUGCAAGAGCCAGGCCGGACCAAAGGCUUUUCGUGUAGACAUUGUGGUGUAGUAUGUGCAAGCAUGCCCAGUCUUUUGGAGCAUACAGACACUUUUCAUCAGUCGGAAGAGGAACGGAAGUUCAAAUGUGAUGAAUGUGGACGAGGCUACAGACAUGCUGGCAGCUUGGCUAACCACAGAAAAACACACGAGGUUGGCUCUUUUCAGUGUCAUAUAUGCUCCAGGAAGCUCUCCAAUGCAUUGGCUCUCAAAAGCCACCUGCGCAUCCACACAUCUAGAAAGAAAUAUUCUUGCACCGAUUGCGGAAAGGCUUUUCGCCUUGCAACUCAGCUGGUCACCCAUCAAAAGGUCCAUCGCAAUAAAGAGUCUCAAAUCAGGACAAAGGAUUCUGCAAAUAGUCUUAUUGAAAGUGAUUAUAAAGAUGAUGAGUUGCUGCAUCUAGACGAGAUGGAUUUUGACAUGAUACCAGAUUUGCAGCCAGACAUGAAGCUAAAUAUUGCUCCAAUGAGCAGCCUUAGUAAUGGUGCCGUGUCAGAACACAUUUCAAACACCACCACAGAAAGUGACAUGGCAGCUGAAGAUGAUGCUGGAGACAGGCCGUUCAAAUGUGACUUGUGUGACAAGACAUACAGACAUCAUGGCAGCCUCAUAAAUCAUAAGAAAACUCAUCAAAUGGGGGUAUUUGAGUGUCCAGUCUGUUUUAAACAUUUCAAUAAUCUUGCUGCACUUAAUAGUCACCAGCGAAUCCACAGUAAAACCCGAGGUCGUCUCAGUGUGCAAACCUCUAAAGCUGCCCUCACAGUGUGCAAGCAAGAACUUGCCCCUCAUGUUAUGCCACAGAAUGGUGAUGCUAAUAUACAUUUUUGUCACCUUUGUCAGGUUGCUUUUGCUAAUGAUGAUGAGUUUCAAAAUCACAUUCUGUUGCAUAACUCCUCCUCGGUGUCAUUUGAGCUCCCUACUAACUUGUCAGAGGAGCACAAUUUUUCUUACAAUGAUAGUGUUACUCAUUCCCCAGAGUCUAAUCCUUAUCCCCCCUCUAGUGACACUCCACCAUUGCCCCCGUUACUCAAUAAAGCUAUUGAAUAUUCCCAAGCAGAUGGGCCAUUGGAAAAUGGUCAUAUUUAUCUACCCAACUCUUUAGAUGAAAAUCCAUUGACUCUACAUGCUCAGGGACAGCCAAUGGCCCUACCAUCAGAAAACCUCAACCCUGAUUGUUCAGCACAGGGUACUGAUAACAUCAAAGUAGAAGAUGCUGACAGUUCUGAUCGCAGAUUCAAGUGCCACAUCUGUGGCAAAAGCUACAGGCAUGCAGGCAGUCUUAUAAAUCACAAACGGUCCCAUCAAACCGGGAUCUUUCAGUGUUCCAUCUGCCGCAAGAACUACCUACAUUUGGCGGCUCUGCGAAGCCACCUUCGGAUCCAUAAGGGAAGGCCCGCAUCUUUGCCUGCUAGUUCUGAGGGUGAUUGGCUUUCCUCAGAGCCCUUGACACACGAGAACCAACAGAACUGUUUUCAAUCACAUGAGGAAGAUGUAAGUGGAAUAUUAGGCCUUCCUCAGGACCUGGUAGACUCUGUGCAGCAUAAAUCCGAUGAGGAGCAUGUGAAUGAGACGAAUGCUUCUGAAUUUCAUGAGCAGUUUGACAAUUCCUUCUCAGAUGAGCACCUACCUCAGGAUGAACACCUCAUGGAGAGGCACAUGUGUGCUGACUGUGGUAAAACAUUUACUGAUAUUGCAGGAAUCAAGUCACACAUUUGUCCCCUCCUGAAUCAGCAGUAUCAGACCAUGAUGAACGGCUCACCUGGUCACAUGGACUUUCACAACACAAAGCAUCAACAUUUCUUAGGAGAGUCAGGGGAAGAUGUUGGUUUUGAGGGACACAAUGCUAGUGCAUCAGAGGCCUAUUUUAGACAGCAGACCUUUCAUGACAAUGUUCAUGGUGAGAUGAGUGACAGUGAAGCUGAAUGUGAAGACGAUGAAGAAGAAGAUGAUGGAGAGAUGUAUCAGUGCUCAGUGUGUGGGAAUCACUAUACUAGCAUGCGUGCACUGCGAAGCCAUCUCAGAGGUCAUACUCAAACUCAUGGCGCACCUUCAGCAUGUGGCCCAUCAUUGUUGUCUUCUCUAGAGGUUAAGAAAGAUGAACCGAGUGAAAAUCAGCAGGGUGACUGCAGUCUGAUUAUCUGCAGCACUUGUGGAGAGAGCUUUACAAAGAAACAAGACCUACAAGCCCACCAGCUCUUGCAUAGCAAUAUAGAAAGUAAUCCACAAGAACAAUUUGUAACCAACCACCAGAAUGAGCUCAAACCAAAAGUAGAAAUGGAAAGUAUUAUUUGUGGGAAAUGUGGCAUAAGCUGCAGCGAUAUUAAUCACCUCAAUAACCACAACUGCACAGGACAACGAGAUGGACAAGUGGAGGAGAAAUGUGGGGAGAAAUCACUUCUUAAAAGUAAAUUUCAACGAGAACUUUUGCAGGCGAGUCCACAUGAUGGAGAGCGCCAGUACAAGUGUGACCAAUGUGGUCGUUCGUACAGACAUGCUGGAUCAUUACUCAAUCAUAAGAAGUCUCACAAAACUGGAGUGUUUCGCUGCUUUGUUUGCCAAAAGCGUUUUUAUAAUUUGCUGGCUCUCAAGAAUCACCAGAGGACACACUUUGAUGUUAAAAAGCAUAGAUGCACAGAAUGUGGGAAAGCAUUCAAAAUCUAUAAACAACUGUUGAACCACCAGAGGGUACAUCAGGAAAACAAAGCUAAGAUUGAAGAGCUCAACAAACAAAUUCAGACCCUCAUGCAGAUGAGUGGGAAUGCUUCAGGGAGUGGAAUGCAGGCACUUAAUUCCAGCAAAAAGAGAAUGAGCAGACGCCACAAGCAACGGCAGACCUCUAACAGUGAUCAGUCUAGCCAAGAAAAAGAGGGCCAGAUGGGAGAUCCCAGAGACCCUCGCCCUUUUGUCUGUGAUCAGUGUGGGCGAAGCUAUCGACAUGCAGGAAGCUUGGUCAACCACAAAAACUCGCACAAGACAGGUGAAUAUUACUGUGCGUUGUGCAACAACACUUACUCCAACCAGCUAGCAAUGAAGAAUCAUUUGCGAAUACACUUUGCCGUCAAAAGACACUGCUGCCAAGACUGUGGAAAGGCCUUCAGGGGAAACAAACAGUUACUCAACCACACUUGUUUGACCAAGAAAAGAAAUGCAGCAGCAAGAGGAAAGGUCAGGGGCCACAAACGAGAAAAGAAUUUGACUUGCAAGCAGUGCCGUCUUGUAUUUCCAGAUACUGAACUACUUGAAGGACACACCUGUAGUAUAGAGACUGCCCCUGAUUCGGUCCCCCUAGGAGAUGUAGAUGGUGACAACGAUGGUGCGGACCUAGAAAAAGAAGAACGACCAUUCAAGUGCAACAUUUGUAGUCGCAGUUACCGUCACGCUGGUAGCUUGUUGAACCAUAAGAACACUCACAAAACAGGCCAUUUCACCUGCACCUUCUGUGCCAAGCCCUUUUCCAAUCCCAUGGCUUUACGAAAUCACACACGCAUUCACACGCAGAAGAAAAAGUAUGUCUGUCCUACUUGUGGUAAAGCCUUCCGUCUCUCCAGUAUCCUUUACAAUCAUCAAAAAAUCCAUACACGAGGAAUAACUCGUUACAGCUGCCAAACAUGUGGCAAAAGCUUCCAGGGAAAAUCUGGGCUAAAGAGACAUCGCUGUUACCGAAACGGCAAUCCAAACUCUACUGUAAAUCAAGACGGUGUGGACAAAUGCUAUACGUGUGAUCAGUGUGGACGCUCUUAUAGACAUGCCGGUUCCCUUCUUAACCACAAGAAGACUCAUUCCACUGACCUCCUACACUGCACUCUCUGCCUAAAAACAUUCACGGACCCUCUGGAUUUAGAGAGUCAUUCUCAAAUGGCUCGCCACUGCUGCCCAGAUUGCGGGAAAACCUUCUGUGAGUUUGCACACCUGCAGAGCCACAUGGAGGUGCAUAGUAAGGAACUCCCCUAUUACUGCAACAUAUGUCAACAGAACUUCCCAAACCUGGCUAGUUUUCAGCAGCACCAGGAGCUCCAUGGCGGCUUGCAGGGGCAGUCACACCAUGAGCAAGGUAUGCAGAUGCAGCAGGAUUUAGGCUGGGACUCGGCACUAGACCAGCAGAUAGGAAUUCAGAGCCUUCCUAAGAUCGAUUCAGCCUUCAGCCGAGUGCUGCAAGACCAGCGGGAAAGUAGCGAGGGAUACGGUAGGGAAGAGAAAAGUCAUGUGUGCGAGCACUGUGGGCGCACUUACCGCCACGCUGGUUCACUGCUCAACCACAAGAACAGCCACAAGACUGGCUCCUUCUUCUGCUCGGUCUGCCAAAAGGAGUUCACCAAUCUCAUGGCGCUGAAGAAUCACCGGCGCAUUCACACAGAACCCAAACGCUAUCAGUGCCUGGAGUGUGGCAAGGCCUUCCGGGUCUCCACCCAGCUUAUCUGCCACAGGCGCAUCCACACCAAAGAGAAGCCUUUCUCCUGCCUCCUUUGUGACAAGCGUUUCUCUAGCAAGUCCAACCUCCGGCACCAUCAGAAGAUGCAUCAGAAUACCCAACAGACUUAUGAGUCCUCCUUCAACAUGGAUGAUAAUGCAUUCAUGGGACUGGGCGUGGAACCUUUCCUCUAAGGCCACACUCCAAUCUUGCCGCUUCAAGGGAAGAUUUCAAAACAAUAUUCUAUUACAAGACUCUUUCUCCACCCAAGGCCCAAUGCCAAUAAUCGUACCACAUCAGGUUUUCUGCUGUACUUGUCCAGAUGGUGUCGCACACAGAUGCUAAUCUUGGCAAGACUUGCCUCCUUUACUGGGGUGUUUUCAAAUGUUGUUCUUUAAUGGACACUUAAGACUGGCAUUGAUAAAAUACUACCUCUGGUAGGGACAGUAAUACUGUAGACAUUUUAGAAUAAGUGAUAGUGCCUGUCAGAGACCAUUUUAGGUUUUUAUUUUAUUUCAUUUGUUUUGUGUCCCCACACAGUGCACAAAUUGUUUGGUAAUAUGAUAGGUCUCAGACUGAGAGCUUGGAUGAGUAUUUCUGUUCAGACUCUUACCUAGUGCUGCCUUCAAGAGCCUGACCGAUUAUUUGGCGUAAUCAGAGGGGGAACAAAACAAGCUGUUAUGGUCUUUUUUUUUAAGGUAUUAUGGGAAUAAAAGGGAUACAUGCUAUCCUUCUCAUUAUGUUUGUAUUAAGUGCUUCCAUAUUUUCAGGUUAAUGUACUGCUCAUGGUAGAUGUGCUGUAAUUGUCUCAUUAAGACCAACAUACUCUUGAUGUUCCUGCAGUUUCAUAAUGGAUGACACUGGUAAGGCUGUUAAACAGCAACCUUCACUAAGGCCUGUCUUGUAGAAAAUCUCAAAGAUAUUUAUUUAUUUAAAUAGAACUAUUUAUACCUUACAUUAAUAUUUGAAAUGUAAGCAUAUUUCUUGUCUUUAAUACUGUUAAAUGUGGUACACAUUAUGCAUGGUAUUAAAUGUGUGAUAAAUGCUAGAUUGGUCGAUUAUGUAGGUAUUCUAGAUAAUGGUUGUAAACACUUAAGAAAUACCUCUUUAAAAGCAUUCACAACAGCGUAUUUGAAAGUACAACAGAAAUAUUUCAGUUUUCUUAGCGCAUACUUUUCUAGUAAAUGUUUUAUGAAGUGGAAGUAUGUUCAAGAUUUUGGAGCACAAAAAAACUAAUGGACCCAAAAGAAAUCCAUGAUCGGUCGGGCUCUAUUAGGGCAGGAAUUCACAGACUAAACUCUUUUCAACAGUUUUU